GGGGACCCCUAAGCCGAAACCCCGUCCCUCUCACAUCCACCCUUGGAUUAGACUCAAGGCAGAGUUGGAGCUGGGCUCCCCGCGGCCGCACAGGCACGACUGGUCGAGGCGGCCCGGCCCACCCGUCCCGCCCGCCCCGGGUGUGGGGACGUCCCAUCCGGCCCGCCCUGCGCGCCCUGGGGCGGGGACCGCGGGGCCUUCCGGUGACAAGGCCGCCGCUGGCUACUUCUCCCUCCGGUCCGGCGCCCACCCGCUGGAGCCGAGGGACGCGGCUGGGCUGCGGCGAGCCCCAGGGACGCGGCCGACGGCCCGCCUGCCCCCCAACCCCCGGCUGCUGCCGGCACCCCACCCCCCGGUACCCAGCCAGCCUCCUGGAGGGUGAGGCCCGCCGGCUGAGGCCUCCUCCCUUCCCGCCAGCCCGACGGCUUCGAGGCGGUGCGCCCGGAGGGAGCUGGAAGGGAUUGAGGCCCUAAGGCCCCUCCGCCGAGCCAACCUUCCCAUGGAGGAUGCUGGCAAGGACGCCACCAGAUUCACUGCCCGUUCUCUGCCCGGUGACCCCCGGCUCUUGGCCACCGUGACCAAUGCCUACUUGGGCACACGCGUGUACCAUGAGACACUGCAUGUGAGCGGCGUGUACAAUGGGGCUCGGGGGGAUACGCACCGGGCCAUUCUGCCCAGUCCCCUCAAUGUCCAGCUGGAGGCCCCUGCAGGAUCAGGAGAGCAGCUGACCAACACCUUCGUCCUGGACACUAACACAGGCUCCUUUCUGCACACCCUGGAGGGCCCCAGCUUCCGGGCCUCCCAGCGCAUCUACGCCCACCGCACGCUGCCUCACGUCCUGGCCUGCAGCGUGUCCAUCACCCGCUUGGCCACAGGGAGCUGGCCCAUCACUGUGCUGCUGCAGUCAGCCUUCUCCCCAGAGAGCCCGGACCUGGACCUGCAUCUGGGUCCUGACUUCCAGGGAGCCCGGUACCUGUACGGCCACACACUCACCCCCGAGCAGCCUGGGGGGGCACAGCAGGAGGUGCACAUGCUGUGGACGCCCGUGCCCCCAGCCUUGACCCUUGGGGAAGGGGAGCAGGAUGGGACGUGGGAGUUCCUGACGGUGGUGGGUGGCAGCCAGGCCGAAGCCCAGGCCUGCCUCGCCGACGCCCUGCAGCUGCAGGCCAGGCGCACUCUCUACGCGGCCCACGCGCAGGCCUGGGCCCAGCUCUGGGCAGGCUGUGGCCUGGAUGUGGAGGGGCCCCUGCGUCUGCGCCAGGCCCUGCGUGGAGCUCUCUACUACCUGCUCAGUGCCCUGCCCCAGCCCGGGGCCCCAGAAUACGUCUGCCACGGCCUCAGCCCAGGGGGCCUCUCCAACGGGAGCCGUGAGGAAUGCUACUGGGGCCACGUCUUCUGGGACCAGGACCUCUGGAUGUUCCCCAGCGUCCUGAUGUUGCACCCCGAGGCUGCCAGGGCUCUCCUGCAGUACCGCAUCCGGACGCUUAGCGGGGCCCUGUACAACGCCCAGAACCUAGGCUACCAGGGAGCCAAGUUUGCCUGGGAGAGCGCGGGCUCCGGCCUGGAGGUCUGCCCUGAGGCCAUUUAUGGGACCCAGGAGAUCCACAUCAACGGGGCCGUGGUGCUGGCCUUCCGUCUGUACUACCACGCCACCCAGGACUUGCAGCUCUUCCGAGAGGCUGGGGGCUGGGAUGUGGUCCGUGCCGUGGCUGAGUUUUGGUGCAGCCGUGUGGAGUGGAGCCCUGAGGAGGAGAAGUUCCACCUGAAGGGAGUCAUGCCCCCUGACGAAUACCAUUCUGGGGUCAACAACUCCGUGUACACCAAUGUCCUGGUCCAGAACAGUCUGCGCUUUGCUGCUGCCCUGGCGCAGGACCUGGGUCAGCCCGUCCCCAACCAGUGGCUGGUGGUGGCUGAUAAGAUCAAGGUGCCCUUUGACCCGAAACUGAACUUCCACCCUGAGUUUGAUGGGUACCAGCCUGGUGAGUGGGCUUGGAGCUCCUUCAGGGCCCUUCUCCCCUCCCACAGGACCUCGUGUCCGCCCUGGACGCCCCCUUUCCAACAGAGCAGUCCCCGCCCUCCCCACCUUACCCCAUCAGCAGCACCGCCCCCCUCACCCCCAGGAGAGGAGGUGAAGCAGGCAGAUGUUGUGCUCCUGGGGUACCCCGUCCCCUUCCCCCUGAGUCCUGAAGUUCGCAGGCAAAACCUGGAGAUGUAUGAGGCUGUGACGUCCCCCCACGGCCCUGCCAUGACUUGGAGCAUGUUUGCAGUGGGCUGGAUGGAGCUGAAGGACCCCGGGCGGGCGUGGGACCUCCUGGAGAGGAGCUUCGCCAACGUCACGGAGCCCUUCAAGGUGUGGACGGAGAAUGCAGACAGGUCGGGCGCCGUGAACUUCCUGACAGGCAUGGGGGGCUUCCUGCAGGCGGUGCUCUUUGGGGUCACGGGGUUCAGGAUCACCGAGGCCAGUUUGACCUUCAACCCCAUGUGUCCCGCGGGGAUCUCCGGAGUGUGCGUCUCUGGCAUCUCCUACCAGGGGAGCAAGCUUGACUUUUCCUUCUCCGAGGGCUCUGUGACAGUUGAGGUCACUGCCCGGGCAGGGCCCUGGGCCCCCCGGCUGGAGGCUGAGCUGUGGCCAUCACAGGUUCGGCUCCCCCUGUCCCCAGGACACAAGGUCUCCUUUCCCUGCUCAGCUGGCCGGAUACAAAGGUCACACCUGUAGGAAGCAGGGGCAGCAAGUUCUGCUCCAAGAGUUUCCUGGGAAGAUUUUUUGAAGACAUUAAACAUCUGCGCAGAGCCCACAGGACCCCCUCUGGGACAUCCUUGGGCCCUCCAGCCCCGCCAAGUCCCCCCCACCCUGGCCCAGUCCUGCCCCCUCCCCCAAAACGUCCAGGGCUAUUGGCUUCAGGGAUGUCUCUCAGGUCCUCCCCCCUGGCCACUCCCUCUGCAGGUGCCCCCACUGGCUGCACCCACCCCUCCUCAACGCCCUCCCAGCCUGCCGCCCCCUCCCACCCUCCUCCACGUGGCAGCCAGGCUCACGGGUUCCAAGGAAAGUCUGGAUUCUGUGGCCUAAGUUCAAGACUCUGCCUCUAGCCUGAGCCCCUCCCCAGCCUAACCCCCCCUGGAUGGGCAGCUUUCCUGCACCCUCACACAGCAUGUCUGCUCCCGCCCUCCCUCAGUGCCCCUUCCCUAGGACCCCACAGGGUGAGGUGGGGGAAUGGCCAACGGUUCUGCGGAGAAGACAGAGGCAGAUGCCGGCCUUGAUGGGGAGCACGGCAGGAUGAGGGGCGUGGGGGAGGCUGUCUCCUGUGGGAUUACUUGGGACACCGAGUCGCAGCUUCACCACAAAGGAACCUUCUGUGUCACACAAGGGAGCAUCAGGUAUGGCUGGGUCCAGGUGCUCUUGGGCUGUUGUGAGCACUCAGCAUCCUCAGUCCUUGGCUCCUCUGGCCUCUGGGCCACUUCAGUCAAGUUGGAUGGUCUCUGUCACAUGCCUUUCCACAGCCAGGAAGGGAGGGGAGUGGGGUGUGGGGCAAGACCCUGCAUUUCCUCUGACCGGCCAGAAGGACUGGGGCCAAGUGUGCGUGAAUUCAAGGCCAUGGCCCUGGGCCCACUUGUCCUGGGCAGGCUGCCCUCAGCCGAGGCUCUGCCCACUGUGUCCUCCUGGGCUUCAGCCCCUCAGUUGGCACAGCAGACUUGGGUUUCCCCAGGGUGGGGCGAGAUGGUGUCCGCCAUGGAAGUCCUGGCGAGGGCCAAGCCUGCUGCACCAGAUCUGCCUGAGGAACGGGCAAGCUUUGUCUGCUGUGAGGAGCUGACGAGCUCCCUCCUGAACGUGAGGAUUUCGUAAAGGAUCAAGUUUCCCUUCCACGCGGCUGGGAAGCAGUCACGUGCUCGUGUAGAGCAAGUAAGCGGGUCCGUCACGUCUGCGCCCCUCCUUCAUCUGCAAACCGCUGCUCUCUGUUCUCAGUGGAGAGUUAGCGCGAGUUCUCCAAGAAGCGGACACCAGGCAGGCAAACUGUGAUGGACUGAAGCCCCGUGAGGGAGAGAGGGAGGGGGGGCUGCAGGGAGUGUGGCCUCAGAAUGGAUCCCGCGACUUGGUGGGGCUCCCCCAGGGGCCCACGGGCUCUCGCUCCACCGGCGGCAGUGCCGCAAAGGCCCAGGCAGGUCUGCUGCAGCAGAGCAUGGUGGCCAGGGGCUGUCCCCACGGAGCAGACACUUGCCUUUGCAGCCCUGGAGCCAGACGUGGGCACAGGCGUCAGGUGGGGGUGGUAGGUGGCCCUUCACCCACAGGACUGACGUAGCGUGAUACCUGCCGCGUGUGUGUGCCGUGUGUGUGUGUGCGCGUGUGCACACCCACCUGUGCCUGUGGAGGGGCAACCCUCCAAGGGGCCGUGACAGGGUGGCAGCAUGUGUGUGCUGGCCUGGCUGGUCCGGCCCAUGACAGCCAAUUGCCUGAACCUGACCAGGGUCCUUCAACCUGCCCAGGAGACGGGCUGGAAGGGUUGCUGGUGACCUUCCUCUGUGCCUGGCUUGACUGCGUAUUCUCUGUCCUCAGCAACUGGGCACGGGCUGGACAAUGUCUGCUCCCCUCACCAAAUGUGGAGACCAGAAGACCAUCCCCUGCUUGGAGACACGUACCCGGCUACACACAGGCUGACCCCUGCUCCCAGCCUCUGUGUCCAGCAUGGGUUGGUCCCUUCCUGGGCCAAACCUGGAGCUCAGUGUUGGAACGCCGUCUCCAUGGUAGUCCGAGCGCUGGCCUUGCCCUUAGUCCAGUGUAGGACCAGUGCCCAGGAAGGGGCGGUGCUGCAUCUCCACGCCAGGCCCCGGCCAGCACCACCUCUGCCUCAGGGGCUGGCUCAGAGCAGUGCACACUCAGCACGGGGCUGGGGCACCGCCGGCCUGCAGCCGGCACUCAUUUCUGCGGGCACGCUUUGGAGACAGCUGGACCAACCGCUGGCUGUCACAGGAGGGGGGCCACUCUGGAGGCUCCAAGUACAGCAGCUAGACAGAGACCCACGCCCCCAGCCCAGGCAGGGUGGGCAGGCAAAGGGAGGGAAGGGACCACGGGGUGGGUACUCGGAGCCCUGAGCCACCCUGUGGUUAAGGCCCCUGCAAUUAGCCUGCCCUGUCAUCGGCCCGGCCACAGCAAGGCCCAGGGGCCCCGCCCCCAGCCACACAGGGCGUGCGUGUGGCUCUGCCAGGCUCUGCCGGGGGCUGCUGGGGGGUUACAUAAGGGAGGUAAACUGACGCGAGGCGCUCGGAAAAUGCACUCGCCCCCCCCCCACGUCUCCCUCUCUGUACGAUCGUGCGUGUGCGGAGGGUGCUCCUGUGCACGUGGGUGUGAUGGACGUGUGCACGGAAGAUGGUGUGACCGUGUCUGUGUCCAGCCCCACCGAUCCAGGAAGGAGGAAACCCACUGCUGGGACAGAGAUUGAUCAGAAUUAAAGGGACGCAGGGUCACAGGAACAGAGUGACCCAAAGAAGGAGGUCAGCCCACGCCCAGCCACGGACAGGAACGUGCAGAACAAGGGCAAGUCUCACUGGCCAGGGACUCCGCUUAACACGUUUGCACACACGCUGACCCGGGGAUGGGCAGACACGUGGACGUGGAGACGCACCACACGCAUUCUGAAAGACAGGCCGCUAAACCACAGAGCGGCAGAGAUGAAAGCCCAACUUCCCAAACUUCAUUCUAAAAUACUCGGGCCCCUCCACCCAGAAGCCGCAGGCUGCCCAGUGCCUGAGCAAAGGGGACAGUCGGGGCACCAAGCCGACAGGGCGGGGCGUCCACCAUGGACGCUGGGGGCAGUCCAGGGGGAUUUGGCUGCAGUGGUCCCUAGGGUAGCUCCCCUCGGGAAGAUGUCCUCCCCCCACCCCAGCCAGGAACAGUCCUGGAAGGCACUUUCUGGAGCCAGGCGCUUUUAAUUGUGAAACUGAGGCUGAGCCUGGUGACUGGGGAGGGAGGAGCUGGCCUGGGGGCAUCGAGGUGAGGGUAAGGCCCUGGGGUCCCCGUGGAGGAUCUUCAGGGUCAGUGUUAGGUGCCCAGGCCGGGGCUGGAGGGUGGGCCUCAGGCCCAUAGGCAAGUCAGGGUUCCGGGUGAUGAGGGUGGAGCCCCCGGGGUUGGGGUCCCUGGGUCAGGGGGGGACAGGGCCCAGCCUGUCAGUCAUAGUCUGAGUCGUCGAACUUGGUGCUGAAGAAGGCGGCGGAGCCCUUGGCCAGCCGGGACAGGUGCAGGGCGCCGGUCACCACCAGCGCCAGCAGCAGCAGAGGCGGCACCAGAGCCCACACCGCGGCCAGGAUGUUGUAGCACUUGGCUUUGGAGCCGAGCCGCCGGGCUGCUUCCAGAUCUCCAGUCACCUUCUGGUCUCGGGCCUGCGGACCAGCAGCAGGGCCAGCUCUCUACACGUGCUUGGGGCCAGGGUGGGGCCUGCCACCCGGUCCCAGGCAGCCGCUGGGUCCACACCUUGGAGGACCCGAGCUGGACCCAAAAUCUGGAUGGAGGGGUGUGGCCUGAGGGGAUAUUGCCUGGGCUCCACCCACUCCCUUCACCGUCCCCAGCUGGGCACAUGGGCUUGGCCCGACCAGGGGGCCUUGGGUCAUGAGAGGCUCAGCCUAAGGUGGGGCUGAAAGGAGACCCUGCAACCUCCCACUCCAGCUAUGGACCCAGUGGCCCUCCCAGGCCAGCAUCAGCCUCCAAGGACCUCCGAGGGUAGGGGGUCCUCAGCGGUGCUGAGAGCGUUUGAUGGAAGAGACCCCCUUGGGUAAGGCCCCAUUGACCCUGGGCUCUUUGGGACAAACUAGACCCCCCGUUCGUUUUUAUGAACGGCACGCCAGCCUCAGUGGAGAAGCAGCCCUCAUGAGGGAGGGGCUCCCACCACCGUCAGGCUGACGGACGGCCCCGUGGAGACUCCUGCACCCCAACUUGAUAAGCAGCCCCCAUGAAACGCUCUUGGGCCCCCUCGAAGCGCCCCAAGGCCCACCUUGAUGGAGUAGGCCAGCGCCAGGAAGCCGAGGCAGCACGGGUUCAGGUAGAGGGUGCUGAACACCGACCAGAUCAAGUGGUCUCGAGGUGGGGGUCGCGGCGCCCCCAGCGUGAGGGCCGUGUGGGCGGUGCCGUCGGCCUUGCGGGGCGUCGGGGCCCGGGGGUCCUCGCGGGGGUACGACGUGUCCAUGGGUUCCAGCGCCGUCUCCUCGCUCGGACUCCUGCUUCGAGGGUGGGCGCCCCGGCCGCUUAUAGCCCCCGCCCGGCUGACCGGCCCGCCGCUAAAUUUAACGACAAAUGACAGCCCGGAGCUGAGCGAUCCGCCCGGCCCGCCCCGCCGCCCCGCCUGCGCGAGCCCACCCCCGCCACCCCACCAACCCCCACCCCCCCGCUGAGUCCCCCUCCCCCACAGAAAGCCCCGCCCCCGCGGAGAAGCACGGCCCCGUAGAGGCUGGGGGCCCGUGCGGUGGCCGCGGUCGCCCCCCAGAGCCCCCGCCCCCGCGGACGAAAGCAGGGGGACGCACCAGCUCAGGGCCGUGGUGGGUGGGCCGCUGCUUCGGCCUGAGGGCAGGGCUAGGCGGGGCUCCUCGGGACCAGGGCUGCUGAAACCACAGCUCCUCUGUCCCCAGAACUGCCCGCAUCACCUGGUCACCGGUGCCCACCCUGACGGGUGCUCAGGAGAGAACAGCGGGGAAGGGAGAGAGCCGGGGGGGUGGCUGUUAGGGGACCAGCUGGGACCCGGACGUUACUGUGCCGGUGCUACAGCGAGCUCUCCGGGGCCUGCUCUGGGGACCGACCUCCUCCCUCACAAGCUGGCAGCUGCUUCUCAGGCUGCUUGGCUGGUUGCUUCUCCCUCCUGAAUCCAGAGCUGCGGGGCGGGGAGGGCGGGGCUGAGCUUAUGUCUGCACCCUGGUCUCAUCUCCCUCCAGAGGGCCCAGCAGCCUCGGCUAAAAAUGCCAUCUAUGUGCCAGUCAGUCACAUUUAUGUCAAAGGGCCAGAUUGCUUUGUCCGCGGAGGAGGGCUCCCGGGAUCUCCAGCCUAACUCCUCAACAGGAAACCUCAGGCUCUCCCAAACCUUCUGUCUGAGUUGGGACUCCCACAGCAAAGUACCUAGACUAGUGGCUCAUAAAUAAUAGAAAUUUAUUUCUCACAUUUCUGGAGGCUGAAGGUCUGAGAUCAGGGUGCCAGCGUGGAUGGGUUCUGGUGAGACCCGCUUCCUGGUUGCAGAGGGCCGACUUCUCAGGGCUCCUCACUGGUGGAAGGAGCUGGGGAGCUCUAUGGGGUCCCUUUUAUAAGAGCACUAAUCCUACCAUGAGGGGUCCACCCUCAUGACCUGACCACCUCCUAAUACCGUCACUUUAGAAUUUCAAUAGGAAAUGGGGGGGACACAAGCAUUCAGUCCACUGCACCCUCUGUCCGGUCUCUGCGGGCACAGGUGGUGGCCACUGCACCCAUCCGACUGCUCAGGCCAAGAGCCUUGGCUUACGCCCGCGCCCUCUGCCCCUCACACAGGAUCCAUUUGGUCCCGCCUUCCAGAAUGUGCAGAAUCUCACCCCCACUGUGACCUCUGAGGCCAAGCCACCCUCACCUUCUCCUGGGUUAGCGUGGCCCCCUCCUCGGCGUUCUCACUGCUCCAGCCGGAGUGAGCCUGUUACAACAGAAAACAAGUUGUGCCCCCUGCUCCCCCCAAGGGCCCCCACCUCACGCCAGAGCCAGAGUCGCUGCAGUGGCUCAGGAGGCCCUGCAGGGUUACUCCAGGCCACGCUCCUGGACUCUGAGAGGGACACUGAAUAGGGAGGCUCUUUGUGUCAAGCCCUGAAGAAGGGAGGAAGAGGAACAGGACGGGGGGCAGUAGAAGCUGAGCUGCAGUAAGGCCCAGCGAAGACCCGAGCUGAGCCCUCAGGAGCUCUGGAGCUUGGAGGACACCUGAGAGAUGCCCAAAGCAGGGCGGCAUUCUACUCACCCUCAGCUGCCAGCUCUGCUAGGCCCAGUGGAUUACUGUGUGUUGUGGCCCCUUCUCCGAGAGACCUAGGCCGUGGUCACCGUGACCGCAUCGGGGCAAGAGUGCUGCGUGUGGCCAUUUACCGUAACAUUGGGCAAGAGGGGACCCAGUGUGGAGCGCCCCUCCCUCCUCCUGCGGACCAGAGUCAAGUGGCCCUGCCUGUGACCCAGGCAUGAGAAACAAAGGGGCAUCCAGAGAUCUUAGAUCAACGGCACCUUUUUGUGUCACCUGAAGGAAGCUUUGGGAAACAGAACUUCUGAACCCACAGAGCCCAGAGCAGCAGGGCUGGAGAGCAUGAAGGCACCAGUGGCACAGGAAGUGACGAGAGGCAGAGCUGCCCAGUCCUGCCCUGGGGCCCUGGACCCACGUAUUCUACCCACAGCCGCACGGCACCUCAUAACGGCCUUUGACCUGAGGGCUAACUGGAGGCAGGAGGGGUGCCCACCCUCUGCUUGGUCCAGUGGGGUGGUAAGGCGUGGGACGUGACUGGCAGACCUGAGCCUGUGUUCCCAUCACUGGGGAUGACAUACGAUGUGGACUUCUGUGCAGGGUCAGCGCUCCGAGUUCCUGAGGGGUGCAGCUGAGGUCUGGGAGCGGUGCUGGCAACCACGCCCAGGCACAUGCUUCCCCUCUGGCGACAAGGGUCCAAUGAAAGUAACUUGCUUGCAGCUCUGCCCCUCACCUCGGUGUUCAGGCCACCCCUGAGUGGGCUGGAGUGCAGGCCCCAUCCUGUGGCCAGCCGUCUCCCUCACACUGAACUGACCAAUGGAGAACCGGGCUGGGAAUUCUUCCUUCCCCAUCAUCUGGUCCCAAGGGGAUCCCCCUGCAGCCCCAGGUGUGAGCAGAGAGACAGGCCUUGGGAAGCAGUGGCGGAUGACACAGGGUCAGGACAACCUGCUUGUUUGACCUGGAAUGUUCCACGUCCAUCCUUGAAUGCAUUGCUGCUGGACUAAACUGUCAACUGAAAGACAAACACACAAUGCAAGAACUGUGAGGUGAGUUUUAUUAACGGUGUUACUGAGGACUGUAGCCUGGGAAGCAGCCUCUUGGUACCUCUGAGAAACCGUAACAGGAAGAACAGAACUGGCACCACCUCCCCCCCCAUUCUUCAGCCCAUGUAGUCCAUCACUUUCGUCCCCACACGCCAAGAGUUAAACAGUAGAGAAAUGUUGUUUGUUCCCAAAUAGCCCAUUAAGUUCCCUGAAGAACGUUCCCAUCCCAUGGUCCUGGGUUACUUAUGGCCAUUACUUGUUGUAGAUAAGUUUGCUUUCAGCCUGGAAACCUUGCAAAUAAGCAGAGAUAAGGGUGUAAAGUAAAAAUAACUGCUAAGAACUUGAAGAUUUGCAGGAGCCUUGUGAUCCAGCCUGUGUGAGCAAGCAGAAGAACAAAGAAAUGCUAUGCUUCCUUGAAGGCCAGGUGGCUCUGAGAAGUCUGCAAUCUGCCCUCACCCUCUAAUCUCAAAUCUUCCUGCUUCCCCUUUUCCCUUCGCACAAAAGAAGACCAAAUUCUACCCCGAAUUAAGAUGGUUCUUUAGGAACCAUCUUCUUGGUUUGCUGGCCUCUGAAUAAAGUCACUAUUUCUCCCCCA